GCCGGAUCUAAGUACCUAUAUAUGCAACAAAAAAUCCAUACCUCUAAGUAUAUUUCCCUGCGUCCAUUCAAAUCCCUUAUGAUGGAAAUAUUCUUGUUCUUCAAACAUGAGGUAGCAGCAGCAGCAAUAGGAUUGCUCCCAUGGUGGAACUUUCUAGUUGGAUUUGCACUAAGCGGUCUUCUUCUUGUGCUGAUCUACAGGACCCCCACGGGAAGCCGCCAUGAAUGUUAUCUGGUGGAUUUCGCGUGCUAUAAGCCACCCCCGGAACGACAGGUCAACACGGAGCUAAGCGUCUACUUUCAAGCCAAGCAGGAGCCCCUGGACUUGGAGAGUUUGGAUUUCCAGUGGAAAAUAUACCUGCGCUCCGGGCUGGGGGAAGAAACAAGCGUGUGCGGCUCGUUUUUCAAGGAAGGUAGGCCGGAGCCAUCGCUGGAGGAAGCGCGGGAAGAGAUGGAGGAAAGUUUCGGCGCCGUUCUGGACGAUCUGUUCGCUAAGACGAACGUGAAAGCGGCUGAGAUCGACAUUCUGAUCGCCAACGUCUCCACAUUCAGCCCGACGCCGUCACUGGUUGCAUGGGUGGUGAACAGAUAUAAAAUGAGGGAAGACGUGAAAAGUUUCAAUCUUUCUGGCAUGGGGUGCAGCGCCAACCAAAUAGCGGCGCAGAUGGGUAGAGACAUUCUGAAGACGCAUCCCAAUUCGUAUGUUUUGGUGGUGGGCAGUGAGAGUCUGACUCAUGGCCUCUACGAGGGAACUGAUAAGUCUUUCAUGCUGGGCCGCUGCCUUUUCCGGGUCGGCGGCUACGCCAUCCUGUUGUCCAAUAAACCGGGUGACCGGCGGCGGGCCAAAAUGCGGCUUGUGCACACAGUGCGAACGAACAUCGCCGCCAAUGACGAGGCUUACACGUGUGUGAUGACCAAGGAAGACGAGCAAGGCUUCUUCGGCAUUGGUCUCCACCCGGCGCUUCUUACCGUGGCCACCAAUGCUGUAAAGACCAAUCUUUCGGCGUUGGGCCCCAAAGUUCUUCCAAUUAGGGAGAUGCUCUACUACGCCUUUGUUAAUUUUUUCUGUAUUGGGUUUCUGAAGAUGAAACGUGAGCCUUAUGUUCCUAAUUUCAGGCUGGCGUUCCAGCACUUUUGUAUUCAUCCCGGUGGACGGGCUGUGAUCAGUGGAAUUGGGAAAAACUUGAGGCUUAGCGAGUACGAUUUGGAGGCCUCAAGAAUGGCUCUUUUUCGCUUUGGAAAUACUUCCACCAGUGGACUUUGGUAUGAGGUGGCUUACUUGGAAGCUAAGAGACGUCUCAAGGUUGGUGAUCGCGUUUUGCAGAUUUCCUUAGGUUCUGGGUUUAAGUGUAAUACUGCCGUUUGGGAAGUCUUGCGGGAUACCUACCCAUCGGAGAGUACUUUGUGGGAUGAUUGUAUUCAUAGGUUUCCCUGCAGUACUCGGAAGGAUUUUAGUGAUGAUUAUUGUAGGAAGUUGCUUCAACAUCUCCCAUCCUAUGACACAAUUGGGACGGUCAAGUCUGCAUUGUGAAGAUUGGAGUAUGGAAAUUUAGUAUGUUAACAUUUUAAAUAAUACACAUUAAGCUUAAACU